UCCGAUUCAUUCGCACAGAGAGAAGACCGAGCGCCUUUCUGUUCGUCUUCUCCGCAUUCUCUGCCAUCUCUCUUCCUCUCCCUCUCUCUGGGGCCUCGGAUCUCGGGGGUUAGGGCAAGCCCCGACCGGAAGCGCACCGAUCUCGCGCCGGGGAGGGGGGGAUCUAGGGUUUCACUCUCGAUAUGAGGAGAUGCGCGGGGUUUCUUGGCCAGUUCCAGGAGGAAUUCCGGAUGGACUGAUUGCAGGACGCUGCAGUUCGAGGAUAUUUGGACUUGACGGGCGUGAUGGGUUCGUCGCCAGUGAAAUAUCUCUUUUUUCUCUUACUUGUCUCUGCCGCAGGCUGGAUCGUCUACGUAUUUGCGGCAAGGUUGUUGGCUUGGUUGUUGAGCCGGGCACUUGGAGCUUCUGUUGGAUUUCGUGUUGCAGGAUGCAACUCCUUAAGAGAAGUGGUGGUGAAAUUUAAAAAGGGAGCUGUUGAAUCAAUAUGUGUUGGAGAAAUCAAGCUCAGUUUACGGAAGUCCCUUGUCAAGCUUGGAUGCAGCUUUAUAUCACGAGAUCCAAAGUUGCAGUUUCUAAUAUCUGAUCUUGAAAUUGUAAUGAGGCCUCAAGGGAAAAGGACUAAGAAGUCUACUUCGAAGAAGCCUCGUUCUUCCGGUAGAGGAAAGUGGAUGAUUGUGACUAAUGUUGCAAGGUUUCUCUCUGUGUCUGUCAUGGAAUUAGUUGUGAAGGUUCCACAAGCUACUAUUGAGGUCAAGGAUUUGAAGUUGGACAUUUGUAAAAGUGGUGGUCCAGUUCCGAUUCUGUCUGUCAAAGUACGACUUUUGCCUAUUUCUAUCCAAACAUCAGACUCACACACUAGUUGUGAACAAUCAUCAAAUUCUGUUAUUGGAGGAAGUGCCUUGGCUGGAAAAUCUUGCACAACACCUUUCGUUUGUGAAGAACUAUCUCUUAUGUGUGAAUUUGCACAUGAAAGGGAGUUGGGUUUCAUGACCAAGAAUGUUGAGGUUGCUAGUGGAGAAGUUGCCAUCGAUCUAAGUGAAGUGUUGUUUCUUAAGAAGAGUAUACAUUCAGAAACAUCUGUUAGUGAUGGGACUGAUGCAGGAGAUUCUGAAAGCAGUGAAGCAACAGUUGAAUCUUCUAAACCACCCAAAAAGGGACUUACCUCAGCAAAAAAAAUCAUUUCAGGGUUUCCUGAAAAGGUUAGCUUCAGUUUGCCAAAGCUGGAUGUGAAGUUCACGCAUCGGACUCAGUCACUUACUCUGGAGAAUAACAUAAUGGGCAUUCAACUACGGAGCAGCAAAUCACAGAUUGUAGAGGAUGUAGACGAGUCCACCACACACCUUGAUGUCCAAAUGGAUUUUAGUGAAAUUCAUCUUUUGAGAGAAGAGACCAUGUCUGUGCUGGAAAUUCUAAAGGUUGUGCUUACAUCAUCUAUUGAUGUCCCUAUGCAACUAACUGCACCGAUCAGGGCUGAAGUUGAUGUCAAGCUCGGAGGAACUCAAUGCAAUAUACUUUUAAGUCGCUUGCAGCCAUGGUUACAUCUUUAUGCCUCAAAUAGAACAAAGAAAAUGGUCCUUCAUAAAAAAGAUUCAGAGGGUGGCAAAUUUCAAAAAACCGAUGCAAAAGCUAUGAUGUGGACAUGUACUGUCUCUGCUCCAGAGAUGACUAUUGUGUUGUACAGCUUCAAGGGUUUACCUCUAUAUCAUGGUUGCUCACAAUCAUCACAUAUCUUCGCAAAUAAUAUAGCUACUACAGGAACUCCAUUGCAUAUGGAACUUGGUGAAAUACACCUCCAUAUGGCAGAUGAGUACCAGGAGUCUCUGAAGGAAAACUUAUUUGGUAUGGAAGCAAAUUCUGGUUCUUUGAUGCAUAUUGCAAAGGUCAGCAUAGAUUUAGGACCCAAGGACAUGGAAUCACAUGAAGCCCAUGAUCCAAGUCGGCGCAAAUUAGUAUUUUCAGUUGAUAUAACUGGUAUGGGUGUAGACUUUAAUUUCCAGAGAAUUGAGUCAAUUGUAUCAACAGCAUUGUCUUUGAAAGCAAUCCUAAAGAGUCUGUCUGUGAUGGGCAAGACAACGUCAGCCAGCAAAACAAGUCACAUAAAAAAAUCAUCAACGAAAGGGGCUCGUCUGCUAAAACUUAACCUUGAAAGGUGCUCGAUAAGGUUUUGUGGUGACAUUGGAGUGGAAAAUACUGUAGUAUCUGACCCUAAACGUGUCAAUUAUGGAUCACAGGGUGGCACAGUCAUUAUUAGUGUUUCUGCUGAUGGUACACCACGCACGGCCAGGAUAACAUCCAUGUUAUCUGAUGAAAGAAAGCAACUUAAAUAUGUUAUGUGUCUUGACAUUUUCCAUUUAAGUCUCUGUCUGAACAAAGACAAGCGAUCCACACACAUGGAUUUAGAACGAGCUAAAUCUGUCUAUGAGGCAUGUUCUGAUGAAAACACGGGUAAUCUGAAAGUGACAUUGUUGGACAUGCAGAAUGCUAAGUUUGUCCACCGCCCUAAUGGCCUUGAUGAGAUGUCUGUUUGUUCCCUUUUCAGUGCAACAGACAUAAAAAUUAGAUGGGAGCCUGACAUGCAUUUAUCUCUAUAUGAACUUUUGUUGCGCUUGAGGUUGCUGUUGCAGAAACAAAGUCAUGAGGGUUGUUCUGAGAACUUGAAUCUGCACUCUCACAAAGAGGUGGCAGUGCAAGAGGCUAUUGAUGAUUCCUCGUCUACGAAAAAACGGAAGAAAAAGGAACUUGUCCUUGCUGUUGAUGUAGAGGUCUUAACAGUAUCUGCAGAACUUGCAGAUGGUGUGGAGGCAGUAAUCCAGGUUCAGUCAAUUUUCUCAGAAAAUGCCAAGAUAGGGGUACUUCUUGAGGAUCUUAGACUUAUCAUUAAUGAUGCAAGAGUGCUUAGAAGCAGCAGAAUGCAGAUUUCUCGCAUCCCCAGCGUGCCUGUUAUAAGCAGCUCAUCUGACAAUAAGUCCUCAUCACUUACCACAUGGGACUGGAUUGUUCAAGGACUUGAUGUCCAUAUAUGCAUGGCUUAUCGCCUACAAUUACGUGCCAUUGAGGAUGCUGUUGAAGAUAUGUGGCGAGGAUUAAAACUUGUUAUGGCUGCUAAAGCUGAUUUGCGUUUGCCAUCAAAGAAAGAAGGUCCAAAGCAGGUUAAACAGAAGUCCUCAAAGUUUGGUUGUUUAAAAUUCAGUAUACGUAAGGUUACUGCUGAUAUUGAGGAAGAGCCAAUGCAGGGAUGGCUAGAUGAACAUUACCAGCUGAUGAAGAAGGAAGUUUGUGAAUUAGCUAUUCGGUUGAAAUUUCUGGAGGACAUUGUAUCUGGAGGGUUUCGGAGUUCUGGAAAUAUUGAGGGAGGUGAAUCAGUUUCUGAAAAAAAAAUUUGCCAUAAUGGAGUUGAAAUUGAUCCUCAUGAUACGUCAGCUGUUAAAAAAUUGGAAGAAGACAUCCACAAGCAGGCAUUCCGUUCCUAUUACCAAGCAUGUCGGAACAUGGUUAUCUCCGAAGGAUCUGGUGCUUGCAGAGAAGGUUUCCAGGCUGGGUUUAAGCCUAGUACGGCUAGAGCUUCUCUUUUAUCUCUUCAUGCUACAGACUUGGAGCUAAGCUUGACAAAAAUUGAAGGUGGCAGAAAUGGAAUGAUUGAAUUCAUUAGGAGCAUGGACUCAGUUUGCAUGGAGUCUGAGAUACCUUUCUCCAGGUUGUAUGGAUCAAAUAUUUCCGUCAACAUUGGUUCUCUUGCUGCCCAGCUGAGAAAUUUUUCUUAUCCACUGUUUUCUGGUAUUGCUGGUCAGUGUGAAGGACGCAUUGUGUUUGCACAGCAGGCGACCUGUUUCCAGCCACAAAUUCAACAAGAUGUUUUCAUUGGUAGAUGGAGAAGGGUGUCUAUGCUGAGAUCGGCAAGUGGCACAACACCACCAAUGAAAACAUACUCUGAUUUACCCCUUCGUUUUCAGAUGGCAGAAGUGUCCUUUGGGGUGGGUUUUGAACCUGUUUUUGCUGAUAUAAGCUAUGCUUUCACAGUAGCGCUUCGUAGGGCAAACCUGAGUGUUAGGCAUCGUGAUUCAAGUUCAGUUCUUGAUUCUUCCAAAAUUGGAACCUCUUCUUUGCCUGACCCCCCUAAAAAGGAACGCAGCUUACCAUGGUGGGAUGAUGUAAGAUUCUAUGUUCAUGGAAAGAUUGGGCUCUACUGUACAAGGCUAACCUGGAAUAUUUUAGCAACCACAGAUCCAUACGAAAAGCUUGACAAACUUCAAAUUGUUUCUGAUGACAUGGACAUUCAACAGUCAGAUGGACUAGUUCUUUUUUCAACAAAGAACUUCCGAAUAUAUGUUAGCAGUUUGGAGCAACUGGUUAACAACUGCAACAUUAAACCACCUGUUGAUGCAUCUAAAGCCUUUCUUUAUUCCCCUGGUUUCUCUCUUGAAGUUAAGAUGGAAUGGGAAUGCGAAUCAGGUACACCUCUUAAUCAUUAUCUGCAUGCACUCCCAAGUGAAGGUCAACCUCGUCCAAAGGUCUUUGAUCCAUUUCGUUCUACAUCCUUGUCCCUACGUUGGAACUUUUCUCUCAAACCGUCUGCUACAUCUGGGGAAGUAUCUUCAUCCUCAUCAACAUUGGAUCCAUCAGUCCUCGUUGUUCCAUCAUGUCAAUAUGCUUCAAGUGCAUCAGCAAUAAAAGAGGAGCAUGCCUUCUCUGACUCUCCUUGUAUGUAUAUGGGAGCACAUGAUUUAGUUUGGGUGUUUAGAUGGUGGAACUUGGUAUAUAAUCCUCCUCACAAGUUAAGGUCUUUCUCUCGAUGGCCACGUUUUGGUGUGCCACGUGUGGCAAGAUCAGGUAAUUUGUCAUUGGACAAAGUAAUGACAGAAUUCAUGCUUCGGCUUGAUGCAACGCCUGUUUCCAUUAAACAUGUAUCUCUAGCUGACAAUGAUCCUGCUAGUGGGUUGACUUUUAGGGUGACUAAGUUAAAGUAUGAACUUUGUUAUAGUCGUGGUAAGCAGAUAUACACCUUUGACUGCAAGCGUGACACCUUGGACCUGGUCUACCAGGGUCUUGAUCUGCACGUGUUGAAGGUUGAUCUGAACAAGAACAAUUGCUCAUGUGCUGUGCAUGGCAUAUCAAAAAUGAAGAGAAUUCAGCAGGUUACUUCAACCGAAUUACCUCGUGAUGACUGCUUUGACAAUGUUGAACAUUGCACCAAGAGGUAUAAGGAUGAUGGAUUUCUUUUAUCUUCUGAUUAUUUCACAAUUAGGAGGCAGGCACCAAAGGCUGAUCCUGCCAGGCUAUUAGCUUGGCAAGAAGCUGGAAGGAAGAGCCUCGAGACAACAUAUGUCAGAUCUGAGUUUGAGAACAGCAGUGAGAGUGAUCAUACAAGGUCUGAUCCCAGUGAUGAUGAUGGAUUUAAUGUAGUAAUAGCCGACAAUUGCCAGCGUGUGUUUGUCUAUGGGCUUAAACUGCUUUGGACUAUCGAGAACAGGGAUGCUGUUUGGUCAUGGGCUGGAGAAAUAUCUAGAGCUUUUGAACCUCCCAAACCUUCUCCAUCACGACAAUAUAGACAAAGAAAAUUAAUUGAAGAGCAGCAGGCCCAGGGUGGGACAGAGGUGUCUGCUGAUGAUUCCUCUAAACCUUCACCAGCUCCUAAAAUGAAGGGCACAAACGGAUCUUCUCCACUGCAUGGGGAUGUAUCAUCAUCUUCAUCACUUUCAGUCCCAUCGCCUUCUAUGAGAACAGAAUGCUUAACUUCGGGUGCAGCUGCAAAGCCUGGAAGCACAGAUGAUGCUGAAGAGGAAGGAACACGUCACUUCAUGGUGAAUGUCAUUCAACCUCAGUUUAAUCUUCAUUCUGAAGAAGCUAAUGGUAGGUUCUUACUUGCUGCUGCUAGUGGUCGUGUCCUGGCUCGUUCAUUCCACUCGGUCCUGCAUGUGGGGUAUGAGAUGAUCGAACAGGCACUUGGUGCUGGAGGCGUGCAGAUUCCUGAGGCUCAACCUGAAAUGACAUGGAAGCGUGCAGAGUUCUCUGCAAUGCUGGAGCAUGUGCAAGCACAUGUAGCACCUACAGAUGUGGAUCCUGGUGCUGGAUUACAGUGGCUGCCAAAAAUUCCCAGAAGCUCUCCAAAAGUGAAACGCACUGGUGCUCUCUUGGAAAGGGUUUUUAUGCCUUGUACUAUGUACUUCCGCUACAGUAGACAUAAAGGUGGAACUACUGACCUGAAGGUGAAGCCUUUAAAGGAGCUGACUUUUAAUUCUCCAAAUAUUACUGCAACAAUGACAUCACGGCAGUUUCAAGUUAUGGUUGAUAUAUUGAGCAACCUUCUUUUUGCUAGACUACCCAAGCCUCGAAAGAGCAGCCUUUCAUAUCCUGAUGAUGAGGAUGAAGAUGUGGGAGAAGAGGCAGAUGAAGUAGUUCCUGAUGGUGUUGAAGAGGUAGAACUUGCUAGGAUUAAUCUGGAAAAAGCAGAAAGAGGCCGUAAGCUAGUUCUUGAUGAUAUCAUGAUUCUCUCUGCAUCUUGUGAUGUGUUGAAUGAGGCAAGCUUGUCUGCUGAUAAGAAUGGUGACUUAUGGAUGAUUACUUGCGGGAAGCCCUUACUGGUUCAUGGAUUGAAGAAAGAACUGUUAAGCACAAAUAUGGCUAGGAAAGCAGCAUCUGCAUCAUUGAGGCUGGCUUUAAGAAAAGCAGCUCAGUUGCGGUUGAUGGAGAAGGAGAAGAAUAAAAGUCCCUCCUAUGCCAUGCGUAUUUCCCUGCGAAUUAAUAAAGUGGCUUGGAGCAUGCUAGCAGAUGGUAAAGCUUUUGCCGAAGCAGAGAUUAACAGUUUGAGUUAUGAUUUUGAUCGUGAUUAUAAAGAUGUUGGUGUAGCUCAGUUUACAACAAAGUAUUUUGUUGUAAGGAACUGCUUGCCAAAUGCCAAAUCUGAUAUGUUAUUGUCUGCAUGGAAUCCUCCCCCAGAAUGGGGAAAAAAUGUCAUGCUACGAGUAGAUGCCAAACAGGGGGCCCCUAAAGAUGGACACUCGCCUCUUGAACUGUUUCAGGUGGAGAUAUAUCCACUGAAGAUCCAUCUCACUGAAUCUAUGUACAGGAUGAUGUGGGACUAUCUUUUUCCAGAAGAAGAACAAGAUUCUUUGAGACGACAGGAAGUAUGGAAAGUAUCGACAACAGUGGGAACUAAGCGUGGAAAAAAGGGUGUUCAGUCAGAGGCUGCUGGAUCAAGCAGUCAUUUGGCAAGGGAUUCUGAUGCGUCCUCAAAACACAGUGCAACUGCAUCUGCAUCUGCAUUAUCUGCUACGAGCAGUCAGUUCUCUAUCCAUGGAGAUGUACCACAGGCAUCUAAGCAUAAUCCUAAAGCAAACAGCGUUUCUGUACCAAACUCAGAGCUGCGCCGGACAUCUUCAUUUGAUAGGACGUGGGAAGAGAGCCUGGCUGAAACUAUAGCCAAUGAGCUUGUACUGCAGGUCCACUCUUCAAACAAUCCUUCCUCAAGGAGUGGUCCUCUUAAUUAUACACCUGAGCAUCAGCUUCCCACUACUGAAGAGACAUCAAAAGUUAAGGCAAAAGACUCAAAGGCGCUUAAACCAGGGCGAUCUUCCCAUGAGGAGAAGAAGCCUGGUAAAGUGCAUGAAGAGAAAAGAGCCAGAGCCAGGAAAAUGAUGGAGUUUCAUAACAUAAAAAUAAGUCAGGUUGAAUUACUGGUGACCUAUGAAGGUUCAAGGUUUGCUGUCAAUGACUUGAGGCUGCUUAUGGACACAUUUGUACGUGACGAUUUCACGGGUACCUGGAGGAGGUUGUUUUCAAGGGUCAAGAAGCACAUAAUAUGGGGAGUUCUGAAGUCUGUAACUGGCAUGCAGGGUAAGAAAUUCAAAGACAAAAUCCAGAGCCAAAGGCAGGUCAAUGGGGGUGGUUCCCCUGACAGUGAUCUGAACCUCAGUGAUAGUGAUGGGGGCCAGGCUGGGAAGCUUGAUCAGUUUCCAUCAACCUGGUUCAAGAGGCCAAGUGAUGGAGCGGGUGAUGGAUUUGUCACCUCCAUUAGGGGACUCUUCAACUCUCAACGCCGCAAGGCUAAGGCGUUUGUCUUGCGUACUAUGAGAGGUGAUGCAGAAAAUGAGUUCCAUGGUGAGUGGAGCGAAAGUGACAUUGAGUUCUCUCCCUUUGCUAGACAGUUGACCAUAACAAAAGCAAAGAGACUUAUCAGAAGGCAUACCAAGAAGUUCCGAUCCCGGCAGAAAGGCAUCGGUCAUCAGAAGGAUUCAUUGCCGGCAUCUUCAAAGACUACACCUUAUCAAAGUGAUUCUUCUGGCGCAUCUUCACCCUACGAAGAUUUUAAUGACUGACUGUACGAGCAGGUACUGACCUCCUUGCUCAAAAGCUCUCUGCAGCAUAGAUUCACUUAAGGUUAAAGGCUGCCGCCUACUCUUUCGUGGGAUGCAGUCAGCUGAACCAGUUCAUUUGGAUGAUCCUCCUUUCUAGCUCGUCUCUUGAAAUAAUCAGUCGGCAUUCACCAGAUUUAGUCUAUAUAGCUGAAGAGAGAACUAAUUCCGUAACCAUCACGUCUGUUUAUCUGCUUCGCUGCUUGCACCCGGUCCAGGACACACCCAUUUGAAUGGAAAAAAAUGGGAAAGAAGAUCAGAGAAAAAGGGGUAAUAUAGGUGGCAGCAUGGAAUAAAUACUGAGAUACGCUUCUCAUACGGGCAGUGUCAUUAUUGAAGAAGACCCUUGAAGCUUACCAGCCAGUCUUCCAUGAGGAUGGACAACCAGGAAGAUUUUCGACGGAGGAGGGAGGAUAGUUAUCGUUCUUCUCAUUCACAUUUAGUUGGUUUGGUUGGCAUUCCUUUCGGGUUCAUAUGGGAAAAAAUAUUUAUCAGGUUGUAUCUCAGUCGGAAUAUGGAAAGCCUAUGUUGUAAAGGGUUUUUUGUGACUCUUGUGUAUUCUUUUUGUUUUCCCCAAAUAAUGAUCAGAGAAGAGAAUAAAAGGCUUCCAAGGAACCAAGGAAAUGUCUCUCUUUCUCUCUCUCUCUCUCUCUCGUCCGGAUACACGAACACCCUUGGAUCUUUUGACCGUGAUGCCCCCAUAAUACCGUCCAGUGAUUUUCUAACACUGUUAAUGGCAAC